AUAUAAAAUAUAUACACACACAUCGCCGAAGAAAAAGCGAAGAACAAUCGCAAUCUCUCUCUCUCAAAGACUCAAACUUUACUCUCUCUAUCUCUCUCAUGGCGACUCUAAGCAGAGAACAGUACGUGUACAUGGCGAAACUCGCGGAACAAGCCGAGCGAUACGAAGAGAUGGUGGAAUUCAUGGAGAAACUGGUGACCGGCGCGACUCCGGCCGGUGAAUUGACCGUCGAGGAGCGCAACCUCCUCUCGGUGGCGUACAAAAACGUGAUCGGAUCGCUGCGAGCCGCGUGGCGAAUCGUUUCCUCGAUUGAACAGAAAGAGGAGUCGAGGAAGAACGAGGACCACGUGGUACUAGUCAAGGAUUACAGAUCUAAAGUUGAAUCGGAGUUAUCGGAUGUGUGUGGUGGGAUUUUGAAGCUUUUGGAGACUAAUUUGGUGCCGUCGGCCUCCACUAGUGAGUCCAAAGUGUUUUAUUUGAAGAUGAAGGGCGAUUAUCAUAGGUACAUGGCGGAGUUUAAAGUCGGUGAUGAAAGGAAGGAAGCUGCGGAGGAUACGAUGAAUUCUUAUAAGGCUGCCCAGGAUAUUGCACUAGCAGAUUUGGCUCCUACACAUCCAAUUAGAUUGGGGCUAGCGCUCAAUUUCUCAGUAUUCUACUAUGAGAUUCUUAAUUCUUCUGACAAAGCGUGUAGUAUGGCAAAACAGGCAUUUGAGGAAGCCAUAGCUGAGCUUGACACUCUGGGUGAAGAAUCAUACAAAGACAGUACUCUGAUCAUGCAGCUCCUGAGGGACAAUCUCACCCUCUGGACUUCAGAUUCACAGGACCAACUGGAUGAGCCAUGAUUUGUAGGCCAACCAGAAAUCACUAUUUCUCCUCAGAGGAGGUGGGCUUGAAUGUCAUGUUUAUGUUGACUAAAACGUGUGUUGUCCGAUAAUUGUCAUCAACUUAUUACAUGUUUUUGAUGUUUAAAAAUGCUUUAUGAAAUCUAGAAUGAUUUGGAACUUUAGUGAUGGAAGUGUAAAGUUGUUUUGCAUUUCGGUUAUCUGUUAGAUUGCGUUUGGAACAUGUAUUUCAUCUCAAAUUUGGAUUUCAAAUGCCAUGAUUUGGGGUGUCA